CAUGGUUUGUACACACAUGACGUUGCAUGAGCGUAGAGUAGUUUUACCAGGGAGGAAUUAUUCUUGACAGUUAAAGUACGGUUUAUGUAAAUAUUUGUUUGCAGACAGCCAUCAAAAUAACGACUUUGGUUUAUCGUGCAAUACUUGUAAAUCUAGUUAGCAAAGUCCGUCGCUCCUUGUCUAACAUGGAAUCGAAUGAGUUACUUGAGAAAAGGGAUAAAAUCCAGAGGGAGAUUUUGGCUCUUGAGAGUACUCUGGGUGCAGACAGCAGCAUCACAGACCUUCUGUCAUCUGACAGCAGCAGUGAUGAUGGUGAAUCUGAUGACAGUGGACCUGAAGUUGAAGGAGGGGAGCGUGAUGACUUGGAGGCAGAGCGCCUGCGGAUACAGAGGGAGAUUGAAGAGUUAGAGAAUACACUUGGUGCUAGUGUAUUGGAAGAGAGUGAACAUGACAAUGAUUCUGUGAACAGUGGUGAUGAUGAUGAUGAUGAGUUGGAUCUUCCUCAAAAUGUGGAGACUUGCCUGCAAAUGAAUUUGGUCUAUCAGGAGGUGUUGAAAGAGAAGCUAGCUGUCCUGGAACAAGUCCUCAGUGAGAAUCAUCAGCAGCAGAAAGAGAUUGAGGCCCAGAUCUCUGCCUCAAGCACUUCUAGCUGCUCCUUACCAGGAAUUCCCCCUCAGAAACAAUUUCUUGGAUACUUCAUGAAGCCUUACUUCAAAGACAAACUCACCGGUCUGGGUCCUCCAGCAAAUCAAGAAACCAAAGCAAAGCUGAGUCAUGGUACCAGACCCAUUGAGGAGCUGAAAAUAAAAAGAUGGGAUGGUUGGCAGAAAACAUUGCUGACCAAUGCAGUCGCCAAAGACACUAUGAAACGGAUGCUACAGCCCAAAUUAUCCAAGCUGGACUAUCUGAGUGCCAAGAUGUCUGGAGCUGAUGAUGAGAGAAAAAAAGAACUGAAAAAACAAAUGGAUUUAAUUGAGAAAGAAAUUGUAGAAAUAAGUGCCCUGAAAGACGAUCAGCUAUUGGGUAAUCGCCAUGACGAUCAUGACUGGGAGAAAAUAUCAAAUAUUGACUUUGAAGGUUUGCGACAGGCUGAGGAUUUGAAAAGGUUCUGGCAGAACUAUUUACACCCCUCCAUUGACAAGUCAGUGUGGAAACAGGACGAGAUUGAUAAACUGAAAGGAAUUGUAGAAAAGUACAAUUGCUGCCAUUGGGACAAAAUCGCAGAGGCUCUUGGGACAAACAGAACGGCUUUCAUGUGCUUCCAGACUUACCAGCGCUACAUUUCAAAGACCUUCAGAAGGAGAGAGUGGACAAAAGAGGAAGAUGACAUUCUCAGAAAACUGGUUGAAAAAAUGAGAUUUGGCAACUACAUUCCCUACAUACAGAUGUCAUACUUCAUGGAGGGCCGUGAUGGAUCACAGCUGGCAUAUCGCUGGACGUCCGUUUUGAAUCCUUCUAUAAAGAAAGGCCCCUGGUCCAAAGAGGAGGACCAAUUGUUGCGGAAUGCUGUCGCAAAAUAUGGCAUCAAAGAAUGGGGGAAAGUCAGACUGGAAGUGCCAGGCAGGAUUGACAGUGCUUGUCGUGACCGGUAUUUGGAUUGUCUUCAGGAACAUGUGAAAAAGGGGCCUUGGAGCGAAGACGAGGUGGAGCUACUAAAAGAAAAAGUUAAGAAAUAUGGUGUUGGCAAGUGGAGUAAGAUUGCCUCAGAGAUCCCAACCCGGAUUGACUGUCAGUGCCUAAGCAAGUGGAAAUUACUAACACAAGCUAGUAAGAGUAAAGAGCAUCAGAGUAAAGGCAUAAAAAGAAAAAGGACAACAGUGCCACAAAAAAGUAAAAGACAAAAAGUAUUGAAAAGAAAAAUUAAACAAGAGAUUAUCACCAGCUCCGAGGACGAAAACCAGAUAAUAAAUGAUAUGGACAGUGAUGUUGAAUCAGAUGUUCCCAAAGAUCUGGAAAUACCUCAAAAACAGGAAAUACCACAAAAGGACUACGUACAGCCAGAUAUGAAGGAAUGGAUACCUGUAAAUGCAAACACAGCAGUUCAUUCUCUAGGAACUGUCAGGACUGUGUGGGUCUGUCCUCCUACCAUCGAGGAUGAGCUAGAUGAUUCCUCUACAAAAUCUGUCUUCGACCGCAUUCGAUCAGAGAAGAGCAAAUGUCCAAAAGUCAUGCUCAGUUUCGUGCGCAAUACUGUCCUGAACCACUUUGGAAACCUGGAAAGAACUUAUGUAGGUUUAAAACCUACUGUCUUGCAGAGUAAGACUGACGAUGAGAAUGCCAUGCUCAAGGUGUCCCUGAGUGACAUUAAACUCUUCCUACAGUCGAAGGGAGCCUCUGUUAUUAAGAAGGAGAAAACAACAAGUCCAAUGAAUAUAAAGAAAAAAAGGCCAGCUCGGAACAUGGCUAGUCUUACUAAUGACCUCCUUAAAGCCAUCACCCCAUGGAUUGGUAAUGUGAUCCUGCCUGCUCCAGCGAAUGAAAAUACAUUUUCCCAAGGUGAUAUUGUUGGAAUGAAAGCAGCAGACAUCACUCUUCCAAAAACAUCAGUGUUGUCGUUUUUCCUCAAAGCUUUUCAAAUAGAUAUCAAGGGUUGCCGGAAUGUCUUUGAAAUUCAGCGAAAGAUCGACAUUAAGAAGCCAAUCGCUCAAUCAAAACCGAGAACAGUGUCAGCAAUUAUUAAAGAGGCAAAACAGAAAGCAGAGUACAAGAAACCUGCAGAACCUCCUCAACAUCCACCUCCCCUGCAGCCGGUGGUUUUUAACCCUCCCCAGCAGCCAGUCAGGCAGAUGACAACCCCUGCUUUGAUUCAUCCCAGAACUCUUGUCAUUACACAGCCAUACAAGCAGAGGACAGUACUACCACAGUCACCACCACAAGCUGCAUCACAGAUUCCUCUACCACUAAUACAGCAGACAGCACCUGCCCAACCUGUUAUGGCCUCAACCCCCAAAUCACCAAGUGUAGAGGACUCUACAAAACACAUCCACAAACCUACUGAGAAAGUCCAAGCCCUGAAGAAAGAGUCGCUGAAACGAAACCAAAGCAAACAGAAUGUUGUUUUUCAGACCAUUACAUUGCAGACGCAGCCAGUAAACUGGAUUCUUGCCCCCACCAAUUUGGUACAAGUAACCGGUCCGCUUUCUGCUAAUAUCCCAAGCAACCAGACACUAACUGUGCCAAACAUUUCCCCCCUGAAUAACCGUAUUCGUCCAUGCAUCUCAACCAGUCUAUACCCAUCAUCAUCUGCCUUUGUUGUUGCUGCUUCCUCUGUCAAUCCUGCCCUUAUAUGUUCUCCAGUCUCUAAUGCCUCCAGAGAUACCCUGAAGUCUUCCUCCUCUGUGAACAUUAGCCCCAAAGGCAUCCAGAUGCCUCUUUCACCUACUUCGACCUUAGUACAGAGCAAAAGUGUGCUACAUAGUGUUCAAAUGUUAUCUCCAACACCUAAAGAGGACCAGAAAAGUUCACACAUUGAAGCUAUGAAGAACUCCUCAGACUCCUCUUCUGAUGAAUCCAUUGUAAAGCAAUAUCAGACCUCUACAUCAACUGGUUCCAGAGUAUCUUCUGCUGUUUUCAGCAUUCUUCCAGUUCCCUUGACUGUGGCACCUCCGGCUAGUGCACCAGUCGCAUCCAAGCCAACAAAUAAUGUUGCAGUGGCGAAGUCUCCUGGUGUUAAUGAAAAUGGCUACGUUCCUGUAAGAACUAUUCAGCUGCCAACCUUCAUCCAACAGAAAUGUUCACCCCACACAAUAUUGAGCCCCCUUUCUACUUCUAGAAGACCGCUCCAACCAAUUGCUCCUUCACCUCAGUUUAUAGCUCAAUAUCCUCAUAUUGUGGCUCCAUUAGCUCAGAUUAUGGCUCCAUCACCUCAGAUAGGGGCUCCACCAGCUCACAUUGUUGCUCCAUCACCUCGUAUUGUUGCUUCUUCACCUCGUAUUGUGGCUCCAUCAACUCAGUUUGUUGAUCCAUUACCUUGGAUUGUGGCUCCAUCACCUCAGAUUGUGGCUCCAUUAGAAGUACCUCAAAUCAUAACAUCAAGUGAACCAUUGCUCCCUCUUCCUGAUAUUCCCUCUGAUGUUAGCUUUAAUCCUCACUUGAUAUUCCCUGAGCAGUCAUCUGAAGUAGAUGACUGGAUGAAUGGAAAAGGUGGAAUUCCUCUACCUCAUUUGGAGCUGUCUUUGCCUUACCUUCCACCGUCUGCUGCCAGCAUCAAAACACUGACUUCUUUGCUCAAAGAUAAACAAUCUCUGCUUGCAGCUGCAGUGAAUAUCCUGCCAGAUGAAUAUCAAAAUCACAGAGAGGAAGAAGAUCAAGUAGCUGCCAUCCGCAAAAUGAUUGCUGAAAGGUUUGCCUCAAAUCCAGCAUACCAGCUUUUGAAGGUUCGUUUCUUGUCAUGCUUCACCCUACCAGCCAUUUUGGCCACUAUAAACCCUUCUGAGAAAUGUCAGUUGCCUACAGAUAACAAUAGUGAUGAUGCUGAGGUCUUGUAUUUAUAAAAGAGAGAAAAAAGGAUUCAGCCACCAGCUACAGU